GUGGGAGGGAGGAAGGGGGCGGCGGCCCGAGCCGGAGCCGGAGAACAGAAGGCAGCAGCGGCGGUGGAGGAGGAGACCAUGGCGGCGGCGGCGGCGACGGCGCAGCCCCAGCUGCAGACUUUGACUCUCUCAGGAAGCGCUUGAGUGGACUGCGUUGUCAGAAUCUUAAGAAUGAUUAACCCCCAGUUAGGCUGAAGUCAUCUUCACUGAGUCAAAACACCUCCCUUGGACUCAUCGAUGGAGUUGUAACCUCCCUCAUUUGGGCCUCCUGUGAUCCUCUUCUCUUCCCCUUCAAGUUCCCCCAUCACUCACCGUUUCUGAUGAACAUCCCUGAGACCCUGAGCCUUCCCGGCAUGGCGAGCCCAGCCCUUAGCCCUGACUCCUCUUCCCAUGAAGCCCUUUCAGGCCCUGCCUGUUCUCCCACCUCAGAUUCUGAGAACCUCAGCCCAGAUGAACUGGAGCUGUUGGCCAAGCUAGAGGAACAGAAUCGGCUUCUGGAGGCUGACUCCAAGUCAAUGCGCUCUAUGAAUGGUUCUCGGCGAAACAGCGGUUCUUCCCUGGUGUCCAGCUCUUCAGCCUCUUCCAACCUCAGCCACCUGGAAGAGGACACUUGGAUCCUCUGGGGCCGAAUUGUUAAUGAGUGGGAGGAGUGGCGACGCAAAAAAGAAAAGCUGCUCAAGGAGCUGAUUCGGAAAGGCAUCCCUCACCAUUUCCGUGCCAUUGUGUGGCAGCUUCUCUGCAGUGCUACAGAUAUGCCAGUGAAGAACCAGUACUCAGAACUGCUCAAAAUGUCAUCCCCCUGUGAGAAACUGAUCCGUCGAGACAUUGCCAGGACCUACCCUGAACAUGAAUUCUUCAAGGGGCAGGACAGUUUGGGCCAGGAGGUCCUCUUCAACGUCAUGAAGGCUUACUCUCUGGUGGACAGAGAGGUGGGCUACUGUCAGGGCAGUGCUUUCAUCGUUGGCCUGCUUCUAAUGCAGAUGCCUGAGGAGGAGGCAUUCUGUGUAUUCGUCAGGUUGAUGCAAGAAUACCGCCUUCGGGAACUCUUUAAACCCAGCAUGGCUGAGCUGGGGCUCUGUAUAUACCAGUUUGAAUACAUGUUACAGGAGCAGCUUCCAGACUUGAACAUCCACUUUCGAUCCCAGAGCUUCCAUACGUCCAUGUAUGCCUCAUCCUGGUUCCUCACACUCUUCCUCACAACCUUCCCCUUGCCAAUUGCCACCCGAGUUUUUGACAUCUUUAUGUAUGAGGGACUGGAAAUUGUGUUCCGGGUAGGUUUGGCCCUACUGCAGGUGAACCAGAUGGAGCUGAUGCAGCUGGACAUGGAGGGCAUGUCACAAUACUUCCAAAAGGUGAUACCCCAUCAGUUUGAUAGCUGUCCUGACAAGCUGAUUCUCAAGGCCUACCAGGUCAAGUACAAUCCCAAGAAGAUGAAAAGGUUGGAGAAGGAAUAUGCUGCCAUCAAAAACAAAGAGAUGGAGGAACAGAUAGAGAUAAAAAGGCUACGAACAGAAAACCGGCUCCUGAAACAGCGGAUUGAGACACUGGAGAAGGAGAGUGCUGCUCUGGCUGAUAGGUUAAUCCAGGGGCAAGUCACCAGAGCCCAGGAGGCCGAGGAGAACUAUGUCAUCAAAAGGGAGUUAGCUGUGGUGAAACAGCAGUGUAGCUCAGCCACUGAGAACCUCCAAAAGGCUCAGAGUACCAUCCGGCAACUCCAGGAGCAGCAGGAUAACCCUCGCCUAACAGAAGAGUUUGUGGCUCACCUGGAGACAGAAUUGGAACAGUCUCGAAUGCGGGAGACAGAGACCCUAAGUGCCCUUCGGGAGAUGCAGGACAAAGUCCUGGACAUGGAAAAGAGGAACAACUCACUUCCUGAUGAAAACAAUGUGGCCCGACUACAGGAGGAACUUAAAGGUCUCAAACUUCGGGAAAGUGAGGCUGUGGCCUCUCUUCGAGAGCUGAAGCUGCAGGUGCAGGAGCUCACAGACAGCUGGCAGGCCCACCUCUCUCGGGGAGGGAGAUGGAAGGAGUCUCCCCGGAAGCUGGCCAUUAGUGACCUACAGGAUGAACUGAUGACUGUCCGGUUGCGAGAGGCCCAUGCUCUGGCAGAGGGGAGGGAACUUCGGCAGCGAGUGGUGGAACUGGAGACACAGGACCAGAUCCACCGAAACCUGCUGAACCGGGUAGAAGCAGAGAGUGCAGGCCUUCAGGAAAAGCUCCAUUACCUGGUGGCUCAGAACAAAGGCCUGCAGACUCAACUGAGUGAGAGCAAACGCAAGCAUGCUGAGGCUGAGUGUAAGAGCAAGGAGGAGGUGAUGGCAGUAAGGCUCCGGGAGGCAGACAGCAUGGCUGCUGUAGCAGAGAUGAGGCAGCGAAUUGCAGAGCUGGAGAUUCAGAGAGAAGAAGGUAUGAUCCAGGGGCAGCUGAACCACUCAGACUCCUCCCAGUACAUCCGUGAGCUCAAGGAUCAGAUUGAUGAGCUCAAGGCCGAGGUUCGGCUACUGAAGGGCCCACCCCCGUUUGAGGACCCCCUGGCAUUCGACAGCCUCCAUUUGGUGCGUCAUUUGGAUGAGGACUCGCUGCCCUCCUCAGAUGAGGAGCUCCUGGGUGUAGGUGUAGGGGUUGGGGCAGCCCUACAGGAUGCCCUAUAUCCUCUAUCCCCCCGAGAUGCCCGGUUCUUCCGACGACUGGACCGUCCAGCCAAGGACAGUGAGGGCAGCACGGACAGUGAAACGGAUGAGCUGGCCCCUUCCUAUGGCCAGAGCCUGGGUAACUGAGGAAUGACAUUGCCUCCCUGGCCCACCCCACCUGGGGCUCCAGACCUCUCAUGUUCAGGGGGGUAGGAGGGCAGGCUCUCCUCAACCUCCAUUCAUCAUUCUUCUUGGAGGGGAUGUUCCCUCCCCAUAGGGAUGAAGGGGAGUGGGGCACAUCUAGGUGUGCCUAGCCCCUCCACAGAGUGCAUCAGAACAUCUACCUUGAGUGUUGUCUACAUUGCCCUCUCCAAGGGCGCUUGUGAUUCACUGUAUUUAAACUCGACUCCAUUCUGUGGUUCCCUUCCCAUCUCCCACCACCCUCUUUCCUUUCAGGGGUUCUCUAGGGCAGGGACUGGGAGACAGGAGGAUACCAUGACUCUAGGAGUCACAGGCUCCUCUCCCCCUUGGAACACUUCCGUGGUCUCUAAGUUUCUGAUUGUUCCCAGUCUUAUUUAUUUAUCUACAAGAGGAUUGUUUUGUUCUCUUCCCCCAUCCCUGACUGCCCAGGACCAGAAAGCACUGCCGUUCCCUCUCAAGAGAGCAGCACAUGCAAUGGGCAAGGAGGGGCAUAGAGGACCAAUGAUCAGAACUGGCCUUCUCUGUGGCAGCUGCUCUCUUCUCAGCCUCCAUUCCCAGGAUUAGUCUGUCUGUCUUCCCCAGGAACUCGAGAUCUAAGACUGACCUGCCCCACCACAACCCUGGAGGUGCUUCAGAUUCACCAAGCCCCUGCCUGCCAGCUCUGCACCUCCAUAUUGGGGUGGGGGGAAUUCAGCCAUUAGCAGAUCUGGCAAGGGAAGCAAGAGCCCUGAGCAAAAGAAAGAGGCCAGGUCUUGGCAGAUGGGUCAUGACUACAGACCUUCCAGAGCUGUAGCCUGGGCCAAAGCAAGUCUAGGAUUCUCUCCUCUGAAGCAAAGACCACCAGCUUCCCCUGAGCUUUGGCCUCCUCCUAUGGGCCAGGCACCUGUUCACCUCAGGCUGACAGAAGAGGCUGGCUCACACCCUUGAAGAUGCAGGAUGUAUAAGCCAUCCAACGUCAUCUGUUUGCUGGGCUUUUUGAGGUAUCUUCCACUCUAGAGCUCCUUGGGCCCUGGCGUGUCCAUGUUAUCAGUGACUAGCUCCUUCCUUCCUUCCCAGGCCAUUCCCCCUGGAGCCCCUGAGGUGGAGGGACUGGCCUUGGAGCAGGAGACCUAGAGGGGCAGUCCCCAGAUCAGUUUUGGCAUUGUGCCUUCCAUUAGCAGCUGCCUCUUCCUCCCUGUGCCAACUCCAUUUUCUCACCAUAUUGUUUCUCCUCCACCACUCCCUUCUUGCCUCAGCCAAGCCAGUCCCUGGGUCGGUGCCCCUGGAGGAAAAGGCCCUCUCUCUGCUAAAACCAAAGUCAUCCCAGUCUGGGGAGCAAAUAUGGACGAGUCUGUCUAGGAGCAGCUGCUAAUCCUGAGAGCUCACCCCACACACACACACCUGUCUACUGGUCCCGAGCAAGGUUAAGGACACUCCUGUGCCCAGAGGCCGGAGGAAGGCUUCUUUGGGCCACAGGUGGGAAGAAAGGAUCCUCUUUGGCCCCUGAGCUGAGAGGAGCUGCUUUAGCCACUCCUAGAGCUGAGGAAGAGCAGCCUCAGACCAUCAAAGUCCCAGAUGAUGGAGCCCCUGGCCAUACAGAGCCUCUGGGCUCACCAAGAAGCAGUUCUCUUCCCUGACAGUACUUUGCUUUCCAAGGUUUUCCUAGUGUCUCUUUUCUUUGCCAACAUUAAAGGUGCUGCCCAGCUUCCUCAUAGCCAGAUGGUACCAGACCCCAGAGGGAAGGGAGUGGGGUGAGGGGAAUUGUCACUUGAGUGUCUUAGCCCAUUUCCUCCCUGCUGUACAGUGUCAGUAUUCAGCACCCAUCUGUGCCCCUCUAGACUCUCCAUGUUCACUCCAGGUGGGUCCAUCAAUCCAGCAGAAGCCACCUAGGAGGAGAAAACCCUUGGGCAAGGAGGAAUAGAAAUGUUUCCCUGCUAGGCCCCACCCUAGGAGCUUGCUUUUAGAAUUUGUGCCUGUGGCCAUGGAAGGAAGAAGUGCCAUGUUCCCCGGAGAAUAAGACUUCUAGUCUUCCAUUUCAUCCCUGACUCCUCCCCCUCGGGCUCUGUUUGCUGAGUUUGAGAACUUAGGUGCCAAAAUCCAUGAAGUGUCUACUUAAGCUGCUCUGGGGGCACACUCCCCUCAAACAUACACACACUAUACCCUAAGUGUUAUUCUCUGUCCUGCUCCCCACCCUUGCACUAGGAUCUGCCCUGUCUUUCAUUCCUCACUCUCCUGACUCCUGUCCUCCCCAAUCAUGGAGGGCUAAUGGCUCCAGGGCAGCCCACCACAUUGGUGCUCCCAAAGCUAUCUCCUGACCCGGCACCAUCGCCCCUGCCCCUUAGCUGAUGUCAGAAGCAAAUAGUCUGCUCUACACUUAAUUAAUAGGAAAGCCCCUGUGGGGCAGGUUUCCCACUCUCUACCCCAUCCCUUCUCUCACAUCCAUACACAACAUCGUCACCUCACACUGGCUCUGCCCUCUGUGCUGAGACCAGAAGAAGUUGAGGGCCAUCGGUACUUGCAGGUGUCUGGCCUGCUCUGCAAUGUCCUGUCAGCUGUAAGUGUAUGGCCUCCACCUCCCCCCACUGCCCACUAUCAUCCUCACACUGCCUGUACAAACCCACGUGUCUCCACACAAGAUUGGAAAGACAAAUAAUAAAGCAUAUUUACACGGUC